GCGAUGCCGAGCGGCGCGGCGGGCGGCGGGCGGCGGGGCGCGCAGAGCAGCGGCCGCGGCGCGGAGGCGGCCGGAGCGCGGCCCCGCCAUGGGCUUCCUGCACCAGCUGCAGCUGCUGCUCUGGAAGAACGUGACGCUGAAGCGCCGGAGCCCGUGGGUCCUGGCCUUUGAGAUCUGCAUCCCUCUGGUGCUCUUCUUCAUCCUGCUGGGGCUUCGGCAGAAGAAGCCCACCAUCUCCGUGAAGGAAGUCUCCUUCUACACGGCUGCGCCCCUCACCUCCGCCGGCAUCCUGCCAGUCAUGCAGUCGCUGUGCCCUGACGGCCAGCGGGACGAGUUCGGCUUCCUGCAGUAUGCCAACUCCACGGUCACUCAGCUGCUGGAGCGCCUCAACCGCGUGGUGGGCGAAGGCAACCUGUUUGACCCGGCGAGGCCCAGCCUGGGCUCGGAGCUGGAGGCGCUGCGCCAGCACCUGGAGGCCCUCGGCUCGGGCCCGGACGCCUGGGAGGGCCACUCGGACAGACCUGCAGCAUCCUCCUUCUCUCUGAACUCGGGGGCCAGGGACCCGCGAGAGCUCUGGCGUUUCCUGACACAGAACCUGUCGCUGCCUGACAGUGCAGCCCAGGCGCUCCUGGCCGCCCAGGUGGACCUGCCCGAGGUCUAUCGCCUGCUUUUUGGCCCUUCACCUGCCCUGGAUGCCGGCGCAGGCCUGCCCAGGGAUCAGGGGCCCUGGAGCCGCUUGGGUAGCAAUCCCCUGUUCCGGACGGAGGAGCUGCUGUUGGCCCCUACCCUCCUGGAGCAGCUCACGUGCACGCCAGGCUCCAGGGAGCUGGGCCAGAUCCUCAGGGUGCCCCAGGGUCAGCAGAUAGCACUGCAGGGCUACCGGGACGCCGUCUGCAGAGGGCAGGCGGCAGCGCGUGCCCAGCGCUUUGCAGGGCUGGCUGCCGAACUCCGGAACCAACUGGAUGUGGCCAAGAUCACCCGGCAGCUGGGCCUGGAUGCUGCCAACGGCUCCGCCCCCCAGCCGCGGCCGCCACCCCCACAGCGGUUGCAGGCGCUCCUGGAGGACCUGCUGGACGCCCAGAAGGUUCUACAGGACGUGGAUGUUCUUUCGGCCCUGGCCCUGCUGCUGCCUCAGGGCGCCUGCGCCGGCCGGGCUCCUGGGCCCCCAGGCAGCGGCCCUGGCGGGGCGGCCAAUGGCACAGGGGCUGGAGGGGGCACAGGCUCCAACACCACGGCCGAAGAGGGUGCCCCAUCCGCUGCAGCCCCAGCCUCCUCGGACGCGCUGCAGGGCCAGUGCUCUGCCUUCGUGCAGCUCUGGGCCGGCCUGCAGCCCAUCCUGUGCGGCAACAACCGCACCAUCGAGCCGGAGGCGCUGCGGAGGGGCAACAUGAGCUCCCUGGGCUUCACGAGCAAGGAGCAGCGGAACCUGGGUCUGCUCGUGCACCUCAUGACCAGCAACCCCAAGAUCCUCUAUGCGCCAGCGGGCUCUGAGGCGGAUCGCGUCAUUCUCAAGGCCAAUGAGACCUUUGCGCUCGUAGGCAACGUGACGCACUACGCCCAGGUCUGGCUCAACAUCUCGGCGGAGAUCCGCGGCUACCUGGAGCAGGGCCGGCUGCAGCAACACCUGCACUGGCUGCAGCAGUAUGUGGCGGAGCUUCGGCUGCACCCCGAGGCCCUGAGCCUCUCGCCGGAGGAGCUGCCGCCGGCCCUGCGCCAGGACAACUUCUCACUGCCCAACGGCUCGGCCCUCCUGCAGCAGCUGGACACCAUCGACAACGCGGCCUGCGGCUGGAUCCAGUUCAUGUCCAAGGUGAGUGUGGACAUCUUCAAGGGUUUUCCCGACGAGGAGAGCAUCGUCAACUACACCCUCAACCAGGCCUACCAGGACAACGUCACCGUGUUCGCCAGCGUGAUCUUCCAGACCCGUAAGGACGGCUCCCUGCCGCCCCACGUGCACUACAAGAUCCGUCAGAACUCCAGCUUCACCGAGAAAACCAACGAGAUCCGCCGGGCCUAUUGGCGGCCGGGGCCCAACACCGGCGGCCGCUUCUACUUCCUGUACGGCUUCGUCUGGAUCCAGGACAUGAUGGAGCGGGCCAUCAUCGACACCUUCGUGGGCCACGACGUGGUGGAGCCGGGCAACUACGUGCAGAUGUUCCCCUACCCCUGCUACACGCGGGACGACUUCCUGUUUGUCAUCGAGCACAUGAUGCCGCUCUGCAUGGUGAUCUCCUGGGUCUACACCGUGGCCAUGACCAUCCAGCACAUUGUGGCCGAGAAGGAGCACCGGCUGAAGGAGGUGAUGAAGACGAUGGGCCUGAACAAUGCGGUGCACUGGGUGGCCUGGUUCAUCACCGGCUUCGUGCAGCUCUCCAUCUCCGUGACGGCCCUCACCGCCAUCCUCAAGUACGGCCAGGUCCUCAUGCACAGCCACGUGCUCAUCAUCUGGCUCUUCCUGGCCGUCUACGCCGUGGCCACCAUCAUGUUCUGCUUCCUGGUGUCCGUGCUGUACUCCAAGGCCAAGCUGGCCUCGGCCUGUGGCGGCAUCAUCUACUUCCUGAGCUAUGUGCCCUACAUGUACGUGGCCAUCCGCGAGGAGGUGGCCCACGAUAAGAUCACUGCCUUCGAGAAGUGCAUCGCGUCCCUGAUGUCCACGACAGCCUUCGGCCUGGGCUCCAAGUACUUCGCCCUGUACGAGGUGGCGGGCGUGGGCAUCCAGUGGCACACGUUCAGCCAGUCGCCCGUGGAAGGGGACGACUUCAACCUGCUCCUGGCCGUCACCAUGCUGGUCGUGGACGCAGCCGUCUACGGCGUGCUUACGUGGUACAUCGAGGCCGUGCACCCAGGCAUGUACGGGCUGCCCCGGCCCUGGUACUUCCCGCUGCAGAAGUCCUACUGGCUGGGCAGUGGGCGGACGGAGGCGUGGGAGUGGAGCUGGCCGUGGGCUCGCGCCCCCCGCCUCAGCGUCAUGGAGGAGGACCAGGCCUGUGCCAUGGAGAGCCGCCGCUUGGAGGAGACGCGGGGCAUGGAGGAGGAGCCCACCCACCUGCCGCUGGUGGUCUGCGUGGACAAGCUUACCAAGAUCUAUAAGAACGACAAGAAGCUGGCCUUGAACAAGCUGAGCCUGAACCUCUACGAGAACCAGGUGGUGUCCUUCCUGGGCCACAACGGGGCCGGCAAGACCACCACCAUGUCCAUCCUCACUGGCCUGUUCCCGCCGACGUCGGGCUCCGCCACCAUCUACGGGCACGACAUCCGCACGGAGAUGGAUGCCAUCCGCCAGAACCUGGGCAUGUGUCCCCAGCACAACGUGCUCUUUGACCGGCUCACGGUGGAGGAGCACCUCUGGUUCUACUCGCGGCUCAAGAGCGGGGCCCAGGAGGAGAUCCGCAAGGAGAUGGACAAGAUGAUCGAGGACCUGGAACUGUCCAACAAGAGGCACUCGCUGGUGCAGACGCUGUCGGGGGGCAUGAAACGCAAGCUGUCCGUGGCCAUCGCCUUCGUGGGCGGCUCCCGCGCCAUCAUCCUGGACGAGCCCACGGCCGGCGUGGACCCCUACGCGCGCCGCGCCAUUUGGGACCUCAUCCUGAAGUACAAGCAAGGCCGCACCAUCCUCCUGUCCACCCACCACAUGGACGAGGCUGACCUGCUGGGCGACCGCAUCGCCAUCAUCUCCCACGGGAAGCUCAAGUGCUGCGGCUCCCCGCUUUUUCUCAAGGGCGCCUACGGGGACGGCUACCGCCUCACGCUGGUCAAGCGGCCCGCCGAGCCCGGGGAGCCCCAAGAGCCAGGGCUGACGUCCAGCCCCCCAGCUCGGGCCCAGCUGAGCAGCUGCUCGGAGCCCCAGGUGUCCCAGUUCAUCCGCAAGCACGUGGCCUCCUGCCUGCUGGUCUCGGACACUAGCACGGAGCUCUCCUACGUGCUGCCCAGCGAGGCCGCCAAGAAGGGGGCCUUCGAGCGCCUCUUUCAGCACCUGGAGCGCAGUCUGGACGCUCUGCACCUGAGCAGCUUCGGGCUGAUGGACUCGACCCUGGAGGAGGUGUUCCUUAAGGUGUCGGAGGAGGACCCGUCGCUGGAGAACAGUGAGGCAGACGUGAAAGAGUCCAGGAAGGACGUGCUGCCCGGGGCCGAGGACUCCUUGCCGAGGGAGGCUCAUGCUGGCAACCUGGCCCGGUGCGCAGAGCUGACCCAGUCCCAGGCAUCGCUGCAGUCUGUGUCCUCCGUGGGCUCUGCCCGUGGUGACGAGGGAGCUGGCUACACGGACGUCUACGGCGACUAUCGGCCCCUCUUUGACAACUCGCAGGACCCCGACAAUGUCAGCUUGCAAGAGGCCGAGGCGGAAGCCCUCACGCAGGUCGGCCAGGGCAGCCGCAAGCUGGAGGGCUGGUGGCUGAAGAUGCGUCAGUUCCACGGGCUCUUGGUGAAGCGCUUCCACUGUGCCCGGCGCAACUCCAAGGCGCUGUCUUCUCAGAUCCUGCUCCCUGCUUUCUUUGUCUGCGUGGCUAUGACCGUGGCUCUCUCCGUCCCAGAGAUCGGUGACCUGCCCCCACUGGUCCUGUCACCCUCUCAGUACCACAACUACACCCAGCCCCGCGGCAAUUUCAUCCCUUAUGCCAAUGAGGAGCGCCGGGAGUACCGCUUGCGGCUGUCCCCCGACGCCAGCCCCCAGCAGCUGGUGAGCACAUUCCGGCUGCCAUCGGGCGUGGGCGCCACCUGCGUGCUCAAGUCUCCCGCCAAUGGCUCGCUGGGGCCCACGCUGAACCUGAGCAGCGGUGAGUCGCGCCUGCUGGCUGCGCGGUUCUUUGACGGCAUGUGCCUGGAGUCCUUCACGCAGGGGCUGCCGCUGUCCAACUUCGUGCCACCCCCACCCUCGCCCGCCCCGUCUGACUCUCCCAUGUCCCUGGACGAGGACCCGCUGCAGGCCUGGAACGCCUCCUUGCCGCCCACCUCCGGGCCAGAGAAUUGGACAUCGGCACCCUCCCUGCCGCGCCUGGUGCGGGAGCCCAUCCGCUGCACCUGCUCCGGCCAGGGCACUGGCUUCUCCUGCCCGGGCGGCGUGGGCGGGCACCCGCCCCAGAUGCGGGUGGUCACGGGCGACAUCCUGACCGACAUCACCGGCCACAACGUGUCCGAGUACUUGCUCUUCACCUCCGACCGCUUCCGGCUGCACCGGUACGGGGCCAUCACCUUCGGCAACGUCCUGAAGUCCAUCCCAGCCUCGUUUGGCGCCCGGGCCCCGGCCAUGGUGCGGAAGAUCGCGGUGCGCCGGGCCGCCCAGGUUCACUACAACAACAAGGGCUACCACAGCAUGCCCACCUACCUCAACAGCCUCAACAACGCCAUCCUGCGUGCCAACCUGCCCAAGAGCAAGGGCAACCCCGCGGCCUACGGCAUCACCGUCACCAACCACCCCAUGAACAAGACAAGUGCCAGCCUCUCCCUGGAUUACCUGCUGCAGGGCACGGACGUGGUCAUUGCCAUCUUCAUCAUCGUGGCCAUGUCCUUCGUGCCGGCCAGCUUCGUGGUCUUCCUGGUGGCCGAGAAGUCCACCAAGGCCAAGCACCUGCAGUUCGUCAGUGGCUGCAACCCCGUCAUCUACUGGCUGGCCAACUACGUGUGGGACAUGCUCAACUACCUGGUCCCGGCCACCUGCUGCGUCAUCAUCCUGUUCGUGUUUGACUUGCCGGCCUACACAUCACCCACCAACUUCCCCGCCGUGCUGUCCCUCUUCCUGCUCUACGGGUGGUCCAUCACCCCCAUCAUGUACCCGGCCUCCUUCUGGUUCGAGGUCCCCAGCUCGGCCUAUGUGUUUCUCAUCGUCAUCAACCUCUUCAUCGGCAUCACGGCCACCGUGGCCACCUUCCUGCUGCAGCUCUUUGAGCACGACAAGGACCUGAAGGUCGUCAACAGCUACCUGAAGAGCUGCUUCCUCAUCUUCCCCAACUACAACCUGGGCCACGGGCUGAUGGAGAUGGCCUACAACGAGUACAUCAACGAGUACUACGCCAAGAUCGGCCAGUUUGACAAGAUGAAGUCCCCGUUCGAGUGGGACAUUGUCACCAGGGGGCUGGUGGCCAUGACCGUCGAGGGCUUCGUGGGCUUCCUCCUCACCAUCAUGUGCCAGUACAACUUCCUGCGGCAGCCGCAGCGCCUGCCAGUGUCGACGAAGCCCGUGGAGGACGACGUGGACGUGGCCAGCGAGCGGCAGCGUGUGCUGCGGGGGGAUGCCGAUAACGACAUGGUCAAGAUCGAGAACUUGACCAAGGUGUACAAGUCGCGGAAGAUCGGCCGCAUCCUGGCCGUGGACCGUCUGUGCCUGGGCGUGCGCCCCGGCGAGUGCUUCGGCCUCCUGGGCGUCAACGGCGCAGGCAAGACCAGCACCUUCAAGAUGCUGACGGGCGACGAGAGCACGACGGGGGGCGAGGCCUUCGUCAACGGGCACAGCGUGCUCAAGGAGCUGCUUCAGGUGCAGCAGAGCCUCGGGUACUGCCCGCAGUUCGACGCCCUGUUUGACGAGCUCACGGCCCGGGAGCACCUGCAGCUGUACACGCGGCUGCGUGGUAUCCCCUGGAAGGACGAGGCCCGGGUGGUGAAGUGGGCCCUGGAGAAGCUGGAGCUGACCAAGUACGCCGACAAGCCCGCCGGGACCUACAGCGGGGGCAACAAGCGAAAGCUGUCGACAGCUAUUGCUCUCAUUGGGUACCCCGCCUUCAUCUUCCUGGACGAGCCCACCACGGGCAUGGACCCCAAGGCCCGGCGCUUCCUCUGGAACCUCAUCUUGGACCUCAUCAAGACCGGGCGCUCAGUGGUGCUGACAUCGCACAGCAUGGAGGAGUGUGAGGCGCUGUGCACGCGCCUGGCCAUCAUGGUGAACGGGCGCCUGCGCUGUCUGGGCAGCAUCCAGCACCUGAAGAACCGGUUCGGGGAUGGCUACAUGAUCACGGUGAGGACCAAGAGCAGCCAGAACGUGAAGGACGUGGUGCGGUUCUUCAACAGGAACUUCCCGGAGGCCGUGCUCAAGGAGCGGCACCACACGAAGGUGCAGUACCAGCUCAAGUCGGAGCACAUCUCGCUGGCGCAGGUGUUCAGCAAGAUGGAGCAGGUGGUGGGCGUGCUGGGCAUCGAGGACUACUCGGUCAGCCAGACCACCCUGGACAACGUGUUCGUGAACUUUGCCAAGAAACAGAGCGACAACCUGGAGCAGCAGGAGACAGAGCCGCCCUCGGCCCUGCAGUCCCCCCUGGGCCGCCUGCUCAGCCUGUUCCGGCCGCGGCCCACCCCCACCGAGCUGCGCGCGCUCGUGGCCGAUGAGCCCGAGGACCUGGACACGGAGGAUGAGGGUCUCAUCAGCUUCGAGGAAGAGCGGGCCCAGCUCUCCUUCAACACGGACACGCUGUGCUGAGCGCAGGAGCCGGAUCGAGGACAGGCCGUGGGAACGGAAGCCGGGCGGCGGCCGAGGUCCCACCCUGCGCCCCCAGUGCCCCCCUGCCAGGCCCUGGAGUGGGAGGUCCAGGACCAGGGGCUUAACGCCCCGCCAGCCCCCUCCCGCUCUCGGCCUCUGCGCCGCCCUCCCUCAUUGUGCCAAAGGCGGCCCGGCCCCGGGCUGCACGCACCCUCGCCCUGCUCUGCCUUAAAGCCUUGGGGUCUGGCCGGCCCCUCGCCUCUGCCCCUGCCCAGCUCUGCCACCACCCCUAGGUGCCGCCCAGCCCUCUCCGAACAGGGCCUGGCCUCCGGAACCGGUUCCCCUCUCACACAGAGUUUGGACGGUGGCGGCGCCGGCCCGGGGCUGAGGGGGGUGGGUUAGGGCCCCCCCAAGGCGCCUAUUUAUUUUGCUUGAGGAAGAGGCUCCCUCACCCUCUGCUUUCCCGCAGGGAGGCCGCCGUCGGGGGCGGGGAGGGGGCUGCCCCGAGGCUGCGGGCCGGGUAGCAGGACUGGAGAAGCUGGCCCCCCUGGCCAGACCCCCUCCCCACCCCUCCAGCUACGGUUGCCCUCCCGCCCAGCUUGGCCCCCUGCCCGACCGCCCGGGAGCCGGACCUGUACAGAGCGCACAGAUGUUUGUUUUCAAUAAAUAAACAAAAAGCC